UUAGGGAUGAAAUUAUCCAAUUACGAGUUGUGGCAUGGAAUUUCUAUGUACAUAUGGUUACUUAAUGGAGUAGUUGAAGGAGUUGAUGGUACCUGCAACUCUCCAACAACAUGACCAUGGCUGCAACCUCUGCCACCACAACCGCCGCGGUCCUCAGUAAUACCAAUGCCCACCACCACCAGAAAUGGAUGAGAUGUUCGGAUGUGGGAAUGGUUUCUCUCCCGACCUCCAAUUGGGAGCCAUUUGCUUCUCGAUGGCGCCCUCACACCCGCACUCCCUUGCUUGUCCCUAGGGCUGCUUCCGCCGAGACCGCUGGCAAGGACAAUAAGCGGAAGAAGAAGAAACGCCCCGACGAAGAAGAAGAUGAUGAUGGUGGAAAGGACAAACAAGAACAAGAACAAGAACAGCAACUGCAGCAGGCUUCUGUUUCUAUGAUAAGCUUAGACGACGUGAAUCCGGUUGGCUUAGGACGGAAAUCGCGCCAGAUAUUCGAUGAGGUGUGGCGGAAGUUCUCUGGAUUGGGGCAGAUAUCGAGGACCACUCGCACCGAUGAGGAGACUUUGCUCAUAAGGGAGGGUGGUCCCAUGUGUGAGUUCGCCAUCCCUGGUGCUCAGAACACCACUGUCCUUGUCGUUGGUGCCACCAGCCGUAUCGGCCGCAUCGUUGUCCGCAAGCUCAUGCUCAGAGGUUACACUGUCAAGGCUUUAGUGAGGAAGGCGGAUCAAGAAGUGGUGGACAUGCUUCCAAGGUCAGUAGAGAUCGCGAUCGGGGAUGUAGGUGAUCCGGACGCUGUCAAGGCUGCUGUUGAAGGUUGCAACAAAAUAAUAUAUUGUGCCACUGCCCGCUCUGCCAUCACCGGGGAUCUCAACAGAGUUGAUUAUCAAGGAGUUUACAAUGCCACCAAAGCAUUUCAGGACUACAACAAUAAACUAGCACAGCUCCGGGCAGGAAAAAGUAGCAAAAGCAAGCUGCUGCUUGCAAAGUUCAAAUCAGUAGAUUCAUUGAAUGGGUGGGAAAUUCGACAAGGAACCUACUUCCAGGAUGUGAUUGCUGCUAAGUAUGAUGGAGGAAUGGAUGCUAAAUUUGAAUUCAUGGAGACUGGAGAUGCUGUUUUCUCAGGGUAUGUUUUCACCAGAGGAGGGUACGUGGAGCUGUCAAAAAAGCUUUCACUUCCUCUUGGGCGCACUCUUGACAGAUAUGAAGGUCUAGUUCUAUCUGUUGGUGGGAAUGGAAGAUCUUAUAUUUUAAUUCUUGAAGCUGGUCCAUCAGCAGAUACAACGCAAAGCAAAAUGUAUUUUGCAAGGAUUAGCACAAAAGUUGGAUUUUGUAGGGUCAGAGUACCAUUUUCUUCCUUCCGCCCUGUGAAACCAGAUGAUCCACCAUUAGAUCCAUUCCUUGUACAUACUUUGACUAUACGCUUUGAACCAAGAAGACAGAGACCUAUUGAUGGACCCACAGGAACACAGCAAGACCUGAGAAGCUUUAAACUUAUAAUGGAAUACAUAAAAGCCUUGCCUACUGGGCAAGAAACGGACUUCAUCUUAGUUUCAUGUACAGGAUUAGGGAUAGAACCUACUAGAAGGGAGCAAGUUCUGAAAGCCAAAAAGGCUGGGGAGGAUUCAUUGAGAAGAUCAGGCCUUGGAUACACAAUCAUUCGCCCUGGUCCCCUAAAGGAAGAACCUGGUGGGCAACGUGCUCUCAUAUUUGAUCAAGGAAACAGGAUUUCUCAGGGAAUCAGCUGUGCCGAUGUGGCUGAUAUCUGUGUGAAAGCACUGCAUGAUUCAACUGCAAGGAACAAGAGUUUUGAUGUAUGCUAUGAGUAUGUGGCCGAGCAAGGGAAAGAGCUCUAUGAGCUGGUUGCACAUUUGCCUGACAAAGCAAAUAACUAUUUAACACCGGCAAUGUCGGUUUUAGAAAAGAACACUUGACAUGUUUGAUGUUUAUUCCCCAAGAAAGUUAUUUAUAGAUUAUACAAGAUAUCCUUCCCCACACCCCACCUUCUUUCUUUUUCUUUUUUUAAUCAUUUGUUUCAGUGACAAUCAGAAGUCCCGUACUGCUUUCUCAGUGAGUUCAUGUAGAUGAGUAGUGUAACACAUGUAUUUCUAUGAACUGGAAAAAGUGUAAAUGACAAGAACAUUACUCUAUCUCUUUUAUAAAGUCAAUUUCUUUUUGAGAUAA